AUGUCCAACGUCAGGCGUCUCGGGUUGUCCAAACUAACCCCGCUUUCAGCAACACAAAGUGACAAUGGAACUCAAAUCUGUCUCGUGAAGUAUGCUGCUCCGCGUCUUGGCAUCAUAUUUGUCCACGGCCUUCGAGGCCAUCCGCGGGAGACCUGGGAAGACCGCGGCCCUCCGCAAGCGUCAGCGUCGUCGCCGCAAGACUCGAAUAGGCACAGAUUCCGCAGUCUUUUUGCCAAAUCGAAACCUAAAGAGACAACAGAUGUCGAUGAAACCAGCGCCGUUGGUACGAAGAGGAUAUAUUGGCCUCAGGACCUCCUCGCCGAAGACCUAAAAAUGGCUCAGAUCUAUACAUAUGGUUAUAAUGCAGAUCUCAUAGGUGGUUUCUUCGAGGGACAAGGUCCCAUCAAAAAUAGCAUAUCGCAGUAUGGAAACGAUCUGAUGGUUGAAGUCGCCUCGGAGAUUCGCAACGAGAAGCCGAUCAUAUUCGUCACUCACAGCUUAGGAGGGAUAAUUGUGAAAGACGCUCUUCGAAGAUCUAAGACGAGUCUAAAUGAAGACCAUCAGCAAGUCCACCAACAAACUCGAUAUGUGGUGUUUAUGGGCACUCCGCAUCGUGGUGCAGGAAUCAGUGACUGGGGUGUCGUUCUGUCUAAUAUUGCGGCCUUGACGUUGCGAGACGUGGAUAAAACGGUGCUCAGAAGCCUGAAAGUCGACAGCGAAGUUUUGGACAACAUACAUGAAGAAUUCGUCAAAAUGCUCGAUUCCAAGGACUUCAAGGUCCAUACCUUUGUGGAAGGCCGAGGCAUGUCUGGCACAAAAGGUUUCACUGAUAAGGUGGUAGCAGACUUCUCGUCAAAGCUCGGCCAGCCUGCUGCUGAAGUUGUCGAGACCAUCGAUGCCAACCAUAUGCAGAUGUGUCGGUACCGAUCUCGCGAAGACGAGGGAUAUCGGAAGGUUCUGCGCGCCCUUGGUGGGUAUGCGCAGAAGCUUGCAAACGACCAACCCCCAGCCUCUUAUCUUCCUAACGAAGCUCAAGUUUUGUUGUCUGCAUUAGAGGGGGACGCCCCUUCUGAUCACCUGGAGCUGGUGCCUGGCCAACAAGAAGGCACAUUGCAAUGGCUUCGGCACAAUCCCGUAUAUAUGUCCUGGAUUACAGAUUUCAAGCGUGGCUGCAGCAUCAUGUGGCUCCGUGGCGAUGUUGGCUGUGGAAAAUCGGUUGCGAUGAAGUCCCUGCUGCUAGAAAUGCGAAGUCGCCACCCAGAUCACUUUCAUGCUUACUUUUUCUGCGACGGCAAGGAUGAUCGCAAAAGGCGCACCACGGCUGUGCUGAGGUCAAUUAUCAACCAAUUUGCAACAACAAAUCAACGAAUGAUGCGCACGUUAGGACGCCAUGAGAAGCUGGACAAUACCCCAACUCGAGACGAUGCCGGCGUUUUAUUCUGGUUUGAACAUCUCCUUGCUGAGCACAGCUUUGGUGAGUCCUACUGGAUAAUCGUAGAUGGUGUUGACGAAAUGAUACAAACCGAGAUGUCGGCUUUCCUUUCCCAACUGGAUAGUCUGCACAGGGCCUUGAUGAAGCUUUCUAUCGAAAACCAAAACCGAAUCCCAGUGAUCAAGAUUGUGCUUUCGAGCAGACCUCCUACCCGCCUUGAUCAAAAGUUGAAAGGACUGUGCACCGUGGAUUUUGAGCAGCAUCUUGUGAAAGAGGACAUCGCUCUAUUUGUCGGAACUGAGGUCUCUCGUUUUGGAGCUCAAGAAAACUUCAAGCCAAGUCACGUCCAAGAAAUUGAGCGUGAGCUGAUUCACAAGUCCGAGGGCAUGUUCUUAUGGACGCGCUUGGCCUGGGAGCGCUUUCAGCAAACUGACGAGGUAUGGAACAAUGGUCUCAUCCGAGAUAAGAUCGCGGAGCUUCGCCGUAUGCCUCGAGGAUUGGUGCCUCUGCUUCUCGCCAUCCUUGCAGGUAUGAAAGCAUCUAAAUCGACUCUUCUGAUCCUUGAGUGGGUUGUCUGCGCUGCUAGACCACUUACCAUCCACGAACUUGAAAUAUGCACCAACAUCCAGGACAGUACGAAGUCGGAAGCAGAUAUUGCGUUACCUUUCAAUCUCAAAGACUCUAUAUCUCGGCUUUGUGGGCCGCUUGUGCGUCUGUCAGAAUUUGAUCAGACUGUUCAAUUGGUUCACACUUCUGUGAGGGAGUUUUUCCAUUCGCUGGCGUCGUUCAGGGACAAUCCAAGAUAUGAGAGCACUCGCCAUUUCCAUAUCAACCCUCAUGAAGCAGGGGAGAAGAUUCUUCGCGCAUGCUUGCAAUACCUUUGCUUAGCAUCCAUUGCAUGGGGCCCGGUCGAUAUUUGUCCCCCCAGGAGCCUUCUCGAUGCCCCAAAAUAUACCGCAGAUUGCUCACUGCAUGGCUUUUUAGCCUAUUCAUCAUCGUUCUGGGCCUUUCAUUUGUCGGAACCUCUUGUGUACAACUCCACUCUAGUGUCUCCCGAAAGCGCAGCGCGGGCAGUCGCACUACUCCCCAAACCUGAAUUUGAUGUCAACACGCCGCAUGCGAACGGUCGACGUCUGAUUCAUAUCGCGGUAGAGAUGGACUGGCGUGACAUAUUGGGUAUGCUUUUGGAUCGAGCGGAUGUCGACUGCUUCGUUCAGGACGACAGAGGAUGGUCUCCGCUCCAUAUUGCAUGUUACUGGCUUCGAGAGACAAUGGCAAUGAUGCUGAUAAAACGUGGUGGCGGUAGCAGCGCGAUUUGUUUGGACCGCAAAGGGCGCAAUGCACUCCACUUUUUGAUGGCACACCGCACUUCGGAGAAUGUUGCCUACGAGAUCAUUCGCGAUCUCCCAUUUAUCCCUCCUCAACUCAAUCUACCAGACGACAACGGACAGCCCCUUCUUCUGGGUUCGAUAGAGUUUGGCUGGGAUCGAGUUUUCAGCAAAUUGAUUGCUCUGCCAGGUAUUGAUUUGAAUAUCACGGAUCGGCAUGGAAGGUCUGCUAUUCACAUCGCCGCGAUUUGUUCGCACAACGGCGCAAUGGAAACGUUGAUCUCGAAGGGAGCUGACGUUGAUCGUAAGGAUGUUCUUGGCAGAACACCUCUACAUUAUGCCGCAGCGGAGGAUUCCAUGGAGGUCAUGCAGUUGCUCCUGUCAAAAUCGGACUUGAUAAACGAACCUGAUGAAGAGGGACUUACACCAAUGCACUUUGCGAUGUCAAACGACCUAGUGUCAAUGAUGAAAGCACUGCUGGAACGUGGAGCUGAUCCAAAUUCUAGGGAUCAAAGAGGGAUGACUCCAUUCCUGCAGGCAACGCUUUACGGACAGCUUAUGCUCGUGAAAUCGUUCUUGGCCAACCCCAUCUGCGACACUUACGCAUGUACGCAUGAUGGCAAUGGGGCCAUCCAUUGGGCCGCGAAGGGCCAUCAAGUGACGGUCCUGCAUGUGUUGCUUGACUCCGACCGGGUCGAUGCUUCGGCAGUUGGCCGGUUUUCGCGGACUGUCGCGCACCUCGCCGCGCCUUGGGCACAUGUCCGGACAAUGAAACGCAUUCUCCAGGUCCAUGAAAUCUUUACCACUCAUUCCGAUGCAUUUGGUCAGACUUGUCUGCACAAAGCUGCUGAGAAUCAAGAUCACGGUGCUUUCCUCGCUGUCUUGGAAGCAUAUCUACAGGAAGGGGGAGAUAUCAACGCCCGUGACAAGGACGGGAUGACAGCACUACACGUGGCUGCUUGUCACCAGAAAGCUGCCGCUGUUGCAGCACUCCUGAGGGUCGGUGUUGAUUCACGCAUUGUCGACAAUUCUAACCGAACAGCGGAGUAUAUUGGUGUUGAAUAUCAGGCCCGAGCUGUUCUCCAAGCGCUAGGUUGGCGGCAAUCUUCGCUCGCUCUCCUCCAUCCCUCUGAUCAGCUGCAAUUGGACCUACCGAUAGUCCGAAAUUUCAGCAGAGGAGACGCCUCCAUGACACUGUUUGAGCCUAUACUCGAGAAUACAGAGUUAAUGCGGCAAUGGCUCCAAGGGACUCUCUCCUACUCUAAAUAUGGGUUUCCUCGGCAAGACUUCUAUCACCUUUCUCGGAAGUGCCACCUAUGGCUUCUUUGCAGGGCCAUUGAAGAAGCAAAUGUUGAUGUGCUUGCCUUACUAGUGACGGUAGUGAAAGUGAAUGAGGGAGAAUGCAAACUCCUUCGUGGCCUAAUUAAUCGUGAACCUAACCAUCAAGCACGAAUUACCAUGGAGAAGCUGAUAAUGGCUGAAGCGUAUUCAGCACAGCAGCCUGGUAACUUGAAAGAUUUGCUUGCUUACGUUGUGGGACCAAGUGAAGGGGUGCCAUUGGUAUUCCAGGGUUGA